ACUGUUAAAAUUCUUUUACAGGGUCUGAGAAGUCCUCAGGAGAGUGUUCAUGACCUCAGUCCUAUUGAAACCUUUCGGAUUCCUUGUAAGGAGGAUCUCAGAGAACUAUAUGAAGAACCAACUGAUCCUCAAGCUCAGCAAGAAAUAAUUAACAGCAUUGAAGAAGUUUAUUUUUCCAGUGAUUCCUUUGAUAUUGUAAAGUAUGAGUUAGAGAGGCUUCCUCCAGUACUUAGUCUUCAAGAGCUGGAAGAAUACAGAGACAAAUUAAAACAACAGCAAGCUGCUGUGUCCAAGAAAGUUGCAGACUUGAUUCUUGAAAAACAGCCUGCAUAUGUUCAGGAACUGGAACGUGUUACAUCAUUGCAGACUGGCCUUCAGUUAGCAGCUGUUAUCUGCACAAAUGGAAGAAGACACUUGAAUAUAGCAAAGGAAGGCUUCACACAAACUAGUUUGGGGCUUCUCGCAAAUCAAAGGAAACGACAGUUACUUAUUGGACUGCUAAAGUCUCUGAGAACAAUAAAAACACUGCAAAGAACUGAUGUGCGUUUGAGUGAGAUGUUGGAGGAAGAGGACUAUCCGGGAGCUAUUCAGCUGUGCUUGGAAUGCCAGCAAGCUGCCAGCACUUUCAAACACUACAGUUGUAUAAGUGAGUUGAAUUCAAAACUGCAAGACACCUUGGAACAAAUAGAGGAACAAUUGGACGUAGCACUCUCCAAAAUUUGCAAGAACUUUGAUAUCAGUCAUUAUAAAAAAAAAAAGCAGGCUUACAGGCUGCUUGGGAAAACACAGACAGCAAUGGACCAGUUACAUAUGCACUUCACUCAAGCCAUCCACAACACGGUGUUUCAAGUAGUCCUUGGAUAUGUGGAGCUGUGCGCAGGAAACACAGACACCAAGUUUCAGAAGUUGCAGUACAAAGACCUCUGUACAGUAUCCAUGAUUGACUAUUUUGGUGAUUAUGCUGACAUCAGUGUUGCAGAAGGUGUUACUGUUUUUGAAGAGUUUUGUUGUAACUGUCAUGCCAAAGCUUUUAUAUCAUCUUGGAUAUACAUUUUUGGGUUAGCAUGCAGUACCCACACGCACAUCACAUCAGACAGCUACAUUCCGUGCCUUGCUGAUCUCUGCAAAGCCCUCUGGGAAGUCAUGCUCAGUUACUACCGAACAAUGCAGUGGCAUGAGAAUCAUGACCAAGAUGAGGCAGCAGUUGUGUCUUCUG